AUGGGUCAGGAGCUGUCCAGUCGGAGGCAGCUCCUAAGGGAGCAUGCGGCCCCCUUCUCUGCCUUCCUCACCGACAGCUUUGGCCGCCACCACAGCUACCUGCGGAUCUCCCUCACCGAGAAGUGCAACCUCAGAUGCCAGUACUGCAUGCCCGAGGAGGGCGUCCCACUGACCCCCAAGGCCGACCUGCUGACCACAGAGGAGAUCCUGACACUUGCGCGGCUCUUCGUGAAAGAAGGCGUGGACAAGAUCCGACUUACGGGCGGAGAGCCACUCAUCCGGCCCGACGUGGUGGACAUCGUGGCCCAGCUCCAUCGGCUGGAGGGACUGAGGACCAUCGGUGUCACCACCAACGGUAUCAACCUAGCCCGGCUGCUGCCUCAGCUCCAGAAGGCUGGUCUCAGCGCCAUCAACAUCAGCCUGGACACGCUGGUGCCAGCCAAGUUUGAGUUCAUCGUCCGCAGGAAAGGCUUUCACAAGGUCAUGGAGGGCAUCCACAAGGCCAUCGAGCUGGGCUACAGCCCUGUGAAGGUGAACUGUGUGGUGAUGCGAGGCCUGAACGAGGACGAGCUCCUGGACUUUGUGGCUUUGACCCAGGGCCUUCCCCUGGACGUGCGCUUCAUAGAGUACAUGCCCUUUGAUGGCAACAAGUGGAAUGUCAAGAAGAUGGUCAGCUACAAGGAGAUGCUGGACACCCUCCGGCAGCAGUGGCCGGAGCUAGAGCAGCUGCCUGAGGAGGAAUCCAGCACAGCCAAGACCUUUAAAAUCCCUGGCUUCCGAGGCCAGGUCAGUUUCAUCACAUCCAUGUCUGAGCAUUUCUGUGGGACCUGCAACCGGCUGCGAAUCACAGCUGACGGGAACCUCAAGGUCUGCCUCUUUGGGAACGCGGAGGUCUCCCUACGGGAUCACCUGCGGGCGGGGGCUUCUGAGGAGGAGCUGCUGAGCAUCAUCGGGGCUGCUGUGGGCAGAAAGAAGCGGCAGCAUGCAGGCAUGUUCAAUAUCUCCCAGAUGAAGAACCGGCCCAUGAUCCUCAUCGAAUCAUUUCUGAUGCUCCGAGAUUCCCCACCAGCCAUUCCAAGCAUUUCCUCUUGGGAGCCACUCGGCAUUCAGGGUCUGAGACACAGAGUGAGUUUCUCCAGCCAGGUGGCAACUUUGUGGAAAAGAUGCCGGGUCCCCUGGACCCCUCCCCUCGCCCAGCAGUGGUUGGGAUCUGACUCCCCUCAGAGACACUACAGUUCCCACCCAGACUCAGACACCAACCCAAAGUGCCUUAGCCCCGUGUCCCCGGCUCCUGCCACCCACUCAGGAUCGCUGCCAACCUCGGACCAACUAAGCCACGUGGACACAGAGGGACGGGCAGCUAUGGUGGAUGUGGGCAGUAAGCCAGACACAGAGCGGGUGGCUGUGGCCUCCGCCACGGUUCUCCUGGGGCCUGUGGCCUUCGGACUCAUCCAAGAGAACAGGCUAAAGAAGGGAGAUGCCCUGGUGGUGGCCCAGCUGGCUGGAGUCCAGGCGGCCAAGCUGACCAGCCACCUGAUUCCUCUGUGCCACCAUGUGGCCCUGAGCCAUGUCCAGGUGCAGCUGCAGCUGGACAGCACACGCCAUGCCGUGGUGAUCCAGGCGUCUUGCCGGGCUCGAGGCCCCACUGGGGUGGAGAUGGAGGCCCUGACCUCUGCCGCGGUGGCUGCCCUCACCCUGUACGACAUGUGCAAGGCGGUCAGCAGGGACAUUGUGUUGGGGGACAUCAAGCUCAUCAGCAAGACGGGGGGCCAGCGGGGGGACUUCCAUCGGACUUAGAGCUCCUGCCCCCUCUCACCCACGACCCAGCCAGGUCAAGAGACGGGAUGCGAUUUGGGCCGAAGGAAAGAUGUCUAGUUCCUUAACCCCGACACUGUCUACCUUCGGCAGUAGGAACCCAGGUCAGCCCAUCCCUUACUGCUAAUGAUCUAUGACAGCCUGCGAGGCCUCCUUUAUUCAGAGAGAAACCAGCAGGCCCUUAGCCUUCCUGGACAGUAGGUCACAGGAGGGGGUCACACGAGCAAUGCUAAGUAAGGGAAAAAUCAACUAUGUCACCUGCAGGCUAUUUCAGAUGACCGGUUUCAGAGUCCAGCUUCCACUUCUCACUUUGGGUUUUCUCUGCUGCUUCCCUGGGGAGAGGAUAAGGGCUCACAAAGCAGAGGAACCCACUUUGGGGGAAAGCACAGCUUGCACUAAGAACACUAAGAAUGUACAAGGACUUUUCUGCAGCUCCGCCCGCCUGAGUCUUGGAGCUGCAGCCCUGCCCUGCCCCUGCCUUUCCGCCCUCCACCCUCAGAGAGAGCCUGGCCCCUUCAGACUUGCAGGCAUUCGGUUUAACAACUUCACCAUCCUGCCUGCUCCCUGGCCUCCCCCUCCUCGAACAGGCGCACACGUGGGCUGCACCCCCCGAGGACUCCUGACCAGCCACUCAUGCCGCACUGGCCCUGUGCACUGCUGUCCCACCCACCCCCCACCCCUUUAUUCUGGAAUAUAUCAGGGAAAAGAGAGUUGAAGAUUGCCUUCACCCCUACAGCACACAAAAUAAAGCCUCGAUGCCAACUUUGGAGACACAGGAAUGAGGACUGUGUCUGUGCACAAGGCACUAGCUGCUAAGAUUUCAUGCCCACCCCUCAACCCCAGCCCACAGCCACUCCCCCGGGGGCAGAGGAGCAGGAGGGACAUGUCUUUCCUGUGUCCCCAUAAGACAGUCAGGUGGGGGGUCCGUAGAUCAGGGGGUGCAAUUAGAAGUUACUGGGUUUCACACCCCCAAGCCCUGGACUUGCUGGCUGGGCUCGCUAAUGUGGUUGGGCUUCCUUCGGUCUAUCCUCAGGGGUACUCUGCCUGCCUCCCUCUGCCCUGCACUCAGGUGUGCUGGUGAAUGUUGAACAACCAGCUCUCAGGAAGAGAGAAAGCCAAGUUCUCGGGAGCCGGUUUCACACUACAGUAGCAGGUGAACUGGUGUCAAGAUUCCUGAAAGUGACAGUUGUGCUCUCA